AUGCCACGAACGGUUGUUGGUGAUAAUGUAAGAAUCUCAACUAUUCAAAUCAAAUCUCAUAUGCCACAAGAAAACAGGAAAUCAAUUCACACACCAAGAUGUUCAGAUUCGAAAUGUCUUAAAUCUUCAAGUGGUCUCAUAUGUCUAUGGUGUUCAAGAUUUUGUCAUCAACAAUGUUGGAAAAACAUGAAUGAUGAUGAUGAUGAUGAUCGGAACAAAUGUGAUUAUGGCAAAUUUAAAAAUAUCAUUGUUCGUCCGCAGUGGCUACGUCGUGUAUCUCGCUUUCCAUCACAAUUUCAAGCUCGAUUUUUCGAUGAUAUUGAUGAGAGCAACUCUUUAAUUACACCUCUGAUUGUCUUCAUAAACAAACUUUCAGGUGGUCAAAAAGGCGAAAGUAUCUACCGUCAACUUAUUCGUUUAUUAAAUCCACGUCAAAUUUUUCUUCUUGAAAAUGAUACAACUGUAAAGCAAGCUCUUAGUAUUUAUUCAUCCUUGCGCAAUACUCGUAUCUACAUAUGUGGGGGUGAUGGGACAGUGGGAUGGAUACUCAGCAUUCUUGCAGACACGUAUUCAUCGCUGAAUAAUCCACCGGUAAGUAUAUGUCCUUUAGGCACAGGCAAUGAUCUGUCACGUGUAUUGGGCUGGGGUUGGUAUUACAACGAAAAACGACUGUUAACCAGGUUACAGCAAAUUCCCAAUGCACAACCAAUUGCGCUCGAUCGCUGGCAAAUCACUUUUGAACCAUUGAUAAUAACGAAUCUUACUGAAGAAUCUAGAAAUAUUUGUCGAUGUUUAUCAUGUUUUUUCGAUCAUCCAAAGUUCGUUGGUGAAACUGAUCGACCUUCUUAUCAAAAUUAUCGAACUCCUUUAAAUGUUCGAUUUACUAAUUACUUAAGUUUUGGACUAGAUGCAGCUGUUGUGCUCGAUUUUCACGACAGUCGGAACCGUAAUCCGUCGAAAUUUACAUCACCAUUCAAAAAUAAGUUGAUUUAUCUGAAUAUUAGUCGAAGAUAUUUUAGAGAGUUUGCUUUAUGGAGAGCAUGGGAUUUAACCCCAUACAUGCGACUGAUUUGUGAUGGUAAAAAUUUAACCGAUUCAAUACGUCAUUGUCAUACUAUUGUUCUAUUGAAUAUUCCAAGUUAUGGAUCGGGAACUCAUCCUUGGAGUAGAACAUUACCAAACACUACUGCAACAUUAACUAGUAGUACAACUCAAAAUGAAAGUGAUAGAUUUGAUCAGAUCAAAUCGAGUACAUUUGAAAGUGUUGAUUCAUUUGAUUACAUUUCUAAAGAUAGCAGAUUUACAACGCCAUACACAUUCAAUACCAUAGAGUCGACUGCAACAUCUACUACUGCUGAACAAAUCGGAAGACAAGAUAUUAGUGAUCGAAAAAUUGAAGUAGUCGGGUUGGAUUCAAUGCAGAUGGCCUUAAUUCAUAUUGGCUUUCGAGGUCAUCGCAUUGCUCAAUGCAGUGAAGUUCGAAUUGAACUAAUUCGUUCGAUGCCGGUACAUAUGGACGGUGAACCAUUCUAUCUUCCUGAAUCGAUUGCAAUCAAUGUUACUCAUGCAGGCCAAGUGUUAGUAUUGAGAAAAGAGAAUAGCUAA